AUGGAGGCAUCACCGCUGACCCGUCAGCUCCCGCCCGAGGUGUUCAAACCCAAGAUCGUCGAGCUGUACGAGUCGCUGUUCAAGGACGACGAUGAUGAUUAUGAACGCUCUGAGGGUUUCUGGCGGGAAUUCUUCCUUCUCCGACCCGACCGCGCCGCCCUGAGGCGAAUCCUUGAUGGCCUCGGGCCCGCAGCCAUACUUGCGUUGGAGGAGCACACGAGAGAAUUCUUUGCGCGAGCCGUGGCCGCCGUGAAAAGCGGCCAGGGUGUUGCGGAUUUGCAUGCGCUUGAUACUCUUAGCGUGUUUCUCUGCUCGACACUGUCCAAGAAGUAUGCGCAUCCUAGCUCGGACAUCAUCAACGUUCUGGCAGGCAUCGACUACAUUGAUACCAUCUUUACAGACUUUGUGGGGGCGCUGGACCAGAUCAUCCGGGGUGGGAAGAGCUUGGACUUGCGACAAAAGGCUGUCGAGGUUGUGUUGGCCGUGACGGCAGGCGCAUACCAGACGAGUCUCUUGACGUACUUGAUCCAGAGGGACCUCUUCCCUGCGGUGAUGAAGUUCAUCCAAGAAACCGACACAACGGAACGUAUCCUCAGCCCUUUCACCCUCCUUGGCCUCCUGGCCAACUACAACAAGUUUGAGUUCCAGAACCCGUAUCAGAUGCGACUGAAUGACUUCGUCAACGAAGGGACAAUCAAGAAGAUCAUACGGUGCAUUGGGGAGACAUGCCAGCAUCUUACGACGCAAUAUGUAGAGGUGCAGGACGACCUGCCCGAGGGCUGGACGCUCAACGGCACGCUGCGCAUGAUCGGGCUCGGAGUCGUCGCAAGGGGUCCCAGGCCGGAGAAGAAGGCUGUUUAUGACGCCGAGACGAUGAAGCAAAUGUUUACCAAACUGCCCGGCGAAGAGGCGGCAGUGUUGCUGGCAACAUAUGACUUCACUCACGCCAACAAGCUCUUCUGCUUCAACCUAGCUACGCUCCCCGCCGAAAAGGGCGGCGAACAACCUCUGGCGGCUUUCACGUCACUCACAUCCUACCUCCUCCAGCACGCGCACCUCUCGGAGCGCACAACGCACUACUCCCAUCUCAACCUCAUGGUUUUCCGGCUAAUGAUCGAGGACCCCGUGCUCUGCAAGCGGAUAUGCAGCGGAGAAUCCAAGGGGCGCGUGCGCCUGUGCCGCCAAAGACAACCGUUCCUCCCACUGGUCACAGGAGAACGUAUUUUGGCGACGGCGGUGCUGGAUACGAUGGUGGACGGAAUCACACAUAACCUACGUCGCAGGCUAGAUGUAGAGCUAUACACGCUGUGCGUGGGGAUCUUGCUCCGCGUCGUUUCGUAUCUAUCCCGAUCCCGCACACGGCUGGAUCACCACUGGGCGGAUCUGUUCCGGGCCCUGCUAAACCUGGUCAAAUUCUUGACGACGUAUGUCGCGGACCUGAAGGGCCUCUCGCAAAUCGAUUUGCUGCUAGACAACGUUGUCAAUCUUCUCGCCCUGUCCCUCUCAGCGGGUGAAGGUUUCUUGCCGUCACCGGCAGCAUACGACGACCUAUUCUACAAGGUAGUCGAGGCGGGCGACGUGCUCAUCAAAUUCAAGGACAGCUACCAGCUCGGCAAGCGCCCGAGCAACUCGAUCGACACGCUCAUCAACGUGAGCACGCACUACAAGGAGCUGUUGGCGGAGAACGGGAAGAAGAAGGGGAAUCUCACGAGCAUCCAGGUGACAGAGGUAAUCAAGCAGGGGUACGAGACGCUGAGCAUACAGGCCAAGGAGGGCCUCGACACGUGGGAUCGAUAUCGCGAGGCGGACGAGAGGACGUUGCUGAAGAAGAUGGCAAGAGCGGCCGUUGUCGAUGUAAGGGAGUUGGUUGAGAGAUGA